AUGUAUUCAAGUCAAGCUGGCGUAGACGCCCACUACGCGCCUCAAGCGACAGAUGAUACCUUGUGGGACACUAAUUCAGACAAACUGCCCUCCAACAGGAAGAAGACUUUUUACAAACCAACAGCUUUAAGAUGGUACUUCAUCGUUGGCCAGAUCGCUUUCCUUCUGGCUGUCAUGGGCCUCGUCAUUUGGGCAAUGAUAGAGAUGCCCAAUUCUGAUGGGACUGCGCAGAUUGUGCACAAGCGGAAUCCUAUCGACAAUCCCAACUUUCCAAGAGGAGACGACUCGAAUGACUUACCCAUGACCCCAAUGGGACGGACACGACUGGCGACUACAGUCAUCGUGAGCGACGUCUCUACUGUAGUUACAGUGCCUGGUACUACAGGCAAAUAUACGGAAACGAUCACUACAACUGAGUAUACUACACAUUGGGGUUAUACAACAACAGUAAAAGAUGGGUCAACAUUUACUAGUGCGGAUGUCACAGUCAUUCCAACAAAGGUCGUUACAGCAAUUGUUACCACAAAGCCAGCAGAGAUGUCAGAAUCCAUCAUUACAAGCAUCAGCGUUGGUUACUCUUACAUAUAUCCCUCUGGAUCUGAAACUGCCGCCCCUGGUACCUUGACAUAUUCGGAGGCAAUUACAAUUACCCAAGCCUAUUCAUUGCCUGGUGUGGUAGCCACUUAUACCUCGACUUUGGAAGGAGAUAGGACAGAAACGAUUUACACCACGAUUGUUGAGGAUGGAGAGACAAAGACGAUUUCGCAUCUCAUCACCGAAGCGGCGCCUACAGCAUACGAAAGUGUGGGAGAGACGACUGCCUCGGCGAGCACCUAUGUCUCAUACGGUCGAAUCACCAUCACAUCCGUUUAUACCGAUACAAACCAAAAGCCUUUGCCGAAACCUAAGCCAACAGAGAAGGCUAAACCAACUGUUAUCGAUGUCGUAACGGUCGAUCCUGACCGCACCAUUAAGAAGGUCGAAAAGCUAGACCCCACAACCUACGUGACCAAGGUUCAAGAUAUUGAGACGGUGAACGUGGUCAUCUCUGAUGGCGUUGAGACAUUCGUGAGCGAGUUUGAAGCUGUCGAAACUACAGUCGAUGUUGUCGAGACUGGCGCAGAUGGUCUACUUACAACUAAACAAGUCGUAUCUACUAAGGCCGCUUCCUUGGCAACACUCACCAGGGCUGCCGCGCCUACAACUAUCGCGUCGAUAAAGUCCACCGAGAAAACCGAGACGAUAACAUCUGACAGAACAGACUCUUCGACCUGGCUUUCUACUGUCAAAGGUGCUACGAGAACGUACGAGAAGACCACUACAAUCGCUCCUACUGCCACCGGUGACGCGUCCGAAGCCGAUGAUACUGGCGGAGUAGUUAAAACAGUGAUUACUGUAUUUGAACUUGAUGCCGGGAAGUAUUUCUUGGGCAAGUUCCUUCCUCCUAUGCUGGCAGUUAUGCUCUCAAUCCCUGCUCGAGCCAUCGACUACAACGCGCAGCUUUUCCAGCCGUUCCACGCCAUGAAUCAAGAAUAUGGUGCGAGAGGAUCGGAGUCGAUGAGUCUCCAUUUUGGUGGUUUGGGCAGUAUCAUAGAGCCUUUCAACGUUCUGCUUGAAGGUCACCCUGUGCCAUUCAUCACUAUGACCAUCGCAUUGGCGUCGGCGCUUCUGGCGCCCAUAGCCGUUGAAGCCAUCGGUUUCAAGAUGCAUGGCCAGUGCAAGAUCAACGCCUUCGAAGGUUGCGCUCCGGCACUUGGUGUUUCCCCGUUGUCAUCGCGUAUUCUUCUCGCUCUUCUGGGUCUUAUUAUCCUGCUUCUCUGUGCGUUGUUGUUCUGUUUAAGGGACUUUCACACUGGUCUUUAUGCAAACCCCUGGAGUGUUGCGGGUAUUGCAUCUCUCGCUGCCAAUAGAGAUAUUAGGCCCUGCCAGGAUUCUGAGGAGAAGAUCAAAAAGGAGGUGGCCGAAAAGCGAUAUGGGUUUGGUUUCUUUGAGAACCACGCAGGCAAAACGGAAUACGGUAUUGUUCUCUACGACGAUGCUGGGGAGAACCUCCAGCAGGCAUUGUCGCUAGAGGCUAGUUCCGUGGACACGGAAGUUGUGAGCACCGGUCGCAGGAACCCAUUCUUCCUUCUUGGCCUCGCAUGGCGAUUGGUGUUUCUGCUGUUCCUGCUUGGUUUGAUGGUAUUUCUGCUGUACUACCACCUUACACUUGACAAGUCUUCGUCGUUCAAGAACUUUAUGAAUAGCCAAACCUUUGGUGUUCGGUUCUUAUUUGCUACCUUUGGUGUCAUCAUCUCCUUCAGCUGGUCAGCAUUCUUUGUUACUAUCGCCAUGGUUGUUCCAUAUCAAGUCAUGUCGUAUGGUCCUCAAUCGGCUUCAAACUCGGUCCUCCUUACUCGAUCCACAAACCCCUUUUCGGGUUUCUGGUCUGCCAUCAAGCAUCGCCAAAUAUUCCCAGGGCUCGUGGCAUUGAUGGCCAUAUUUUCGGAAUUCAUGCCAAUUCUGCUCGCCAACAUACCUUACUCGCUGUCCCAGGUCAGAAUCUCCCAUGAUAUCUGCGCCCGUAUCUCAGUUGGAAUUUUGGCUUUGAUGGCUCUCACGAUCAUCAUCAGCUUCCUUAUCCGCUGGCCUGAUAUGCCCGUCGACCCAAGCUCCAUUGCUGGAGCGAUGUACUACGUCAGCGAGAGUAAUAUGGUGGACCACUUUAGUGGCAUGGCAGCAAUGGAUGGUGAUGACCGAAAGCAGCGUAUCAGGGAACUUGGAGGAACAUAUGUGUAUGGAGAGUUGACAACAAGAACGGGCGAGAGAAGGCCUGCAGUGGAGUGGGAUGAUCAUACGCUGGCCUUCGGACAUUCCGUGGUGCAGCAGCAAAAGACCAAUGUUCUGGACACCUGGUUUGAUGGGUUUUGA